CUCAGAACGACCGUUGGAUCGUGUGCGCCUGCGCAGAGCCUUGCCGGUUGUCAUGGUAACGCGGUACAUAAUAUAAACUGUUUGUUUGUUUCCAUUAAGUGACGUUAACAGGUUCUUGUGUCUAUCGGAUGUGCAUAUACCAAAAUAUUACGUGAGGCGUGCAUGAUCUUGGCGCAAUCUUCACCAUGGAACUGUGGGGUUGGUUGCUGUUAGGCCUUCUGGGAGUCACCGCUGCACAGGGACCGGAAAAACGAAGGACCGGCAAUGUGUGCAGCACAGACGUGGAAUGUCCGGACAAUGCGUUUUGCAAACAGAGCAGUUACUGCGUCUGCAAAGAUGGCUUCGUUUACGCCGCUGUGAAUAGCACACACAAGGGAUGUCUUAAAGAGGCACGUAAUGGCGAGCAGUGCGUACAACACAUACAGUGCCACUCGACAAUGGGAGUUCACUCGGAGUGUGUGGAUGGAAUCUGCUCCUGUGCUUCGAACGCCCACCUGGAGACCGAUCGAUGCUACGAGACCGCUGUCGUUGGUGACCGAUGCGUUGUUGAUCAGAACUGCUACCUCAGCGAGCAGGGUCCUGAGAGGCAGGCGUUUUGUGUCAGGGGAUACUGUACUUGCCAGCUUCAGUUCAGUCCGCGCGAUAAUGGAACCAGAUGUGUUCGCGAUGCUGCUCUAGGCGAGGCUUGCGAGGAUGAGCUGCAAUGUGCUGGCCCAGGCCUGGAGUGUCGUGGCACGUGUCGCUGUCGAGAGAACUGGGUGGCGUAUCAGGAGGUCAACGCUUGUGUCGAAUCAGCAAAAACGCUCAACGCGCCGUGUCAGUACGACGUCCAGUGUGACGCGUUGUCUGGGGUAGCUGAAGCCAGGUCUACCGGAGCAGCCUUGUGUCUGGGGGGAGUCUGCUCUUGCGCGUACAACGCCCGGGCUGUGGGUAACCCAGCGCAUUGCUGGCAUAGACGACGACCGGGACAGGAGUGCAUCAGGGAUGAGGAAUGCGUUUCUGAAGAAGACGAACCAGGUUACUGUCUGGCCGGCAGAUGUACAUGCAAGACGUGUUCUCCAGACGCAAAUGACUUUGGUGGCGCAAGCACAUUAUCAAUCCCGCCAAUUUACGUCGCCGCCAUUUUGUGUAUACCGGCCAUCUUGUGGCAGUAGGCGCCAUUUUGAGAUCAACUAAAACAAUAUUACACUAAUCUGUGAUUAAAUCUGCUUAAAGAAACCUUUAGCGAAGUAUUUAUUAAUAUUAACUAGAGGUUGUACUUACCAUCGCCUUGUUUUACGUUUAUAAAUUGAAAUUUGUAAAAAUCCUACCACAAUUUCGAAAUAGCCGAAGUUUUUGAUAUAGAAUGUGUCAAUUUAUCAUUUUGAUAUUGACCUGUUUUAAAUUGCAAGUAUUUUAUGUUGUUUUAUUAUCUGAUAAUUUAAAUUCGUUAAAAUAAUGUUAGUACUUUUCAAAGUUUAUAAUAAGUUGUAAAUAAUAUGAAUUUGUUGUUAAUUGUUGUUGAAUUGUUUAUUUAAGUGUAGAUCUAUGGAACCCGCAUCUUCCAUUAUUACAGUAUUUUCGAGUGCAAUUUUUCGAUGUUUAAAACAAAAUAAUCUGGGUAGAUUUAUACCAAAGAGUUGUACACAAAAUAAUUGAAUGUGUAAAUAAAGUAUUUAUUUUA